AUGUCAAGGAAGUUCCUCCAUAUAAGGGAGAUAGAUGACAAUACCACUGGUUGGACCGCCAUUGUUCAAGUAGUAGAAAAAUGCCAUCCCCAGUAUAGUAAACCACCCAAAUAUGUUCAAUUUCAAAGAUAUCUGCUAACAGACUCAGAUUUUUUCAUGUUUAUGAACAAUCAGGGAACCAAAGUAUCUGCUAUUUGCAUAUUCAAGUAUAUGAACCACAAAACAGAAGUUGCCACAUUUUUUAACAAAGGUUCAUGCAAAGAUGGUAAUAUUCUCUUGCCCCCACCAUCAGUUACUGCUAUUACUACUGUCCAAGCAGCAAAGGCUUCUCUAAAAUCCGUUAAGAAAAUAUUUUCUCAACCCUCUUCGUCAAUCCACCAUAGCCGCGCGACGUCUUCAUCAGAUUCUUGUCCGAUCAACCAUGGGCAUAGCAGUGAAACCGCGAGUUCCAACCGCCGUGCAGCAAGGGAGAACCAAGGGUCCCGAACAACAGCAACUCCUUCUCCCUCGGGUGACGUUCGAUCAAGUCUGAAGCCAAGAGACGAGCCGUCACCGACGAGCCUCCACCGUCGGGAUUUUCGAGAAAGGCAGACAUAA